AUGUCACAAAACGCCCCAUCCUCAGACGGAGCUCCCCAAGGCUCAGGUGCGUCUCUGACCCCCCCCCCCCCAACACCAACACAGCACUACGGCACCGGCUUUCAGCUUUCCGUAUGGUAUGGAGAUAAAUUCCCAGCUAACCACCCGCAACCAGUCAACCUUGCCUCUCUUUCUAUUCCUCAGCUCCGCGCCCUCCAAACCCGCCUCACCUCCGAAUUGGAACACCUAACCACCUCUCACACGAAGCUACGCGCCGCGCAGGCCAAGUUCCGCGACUGUGUGCGAUCGAUCAAUGAUGGCGUGACCGGGAACGAGAAGAAGGGAACCGCUGGCCGCGAUGAGAUCCUCGUGCCCCUCACUAGCUCGCUGUACGUCAAGGGCCGCUUGACGGAUCGCGAGAAGGUGCUUGUUGAUGUCGGAACUGGAUUUUAUGUCGAGAAGACUGCUUCUAAGGCGGUUGCGUUCUAUGAAGAUAAGGUCAAGGGCUUGGAGGCAAACCUGCAGGAGUUGGAGAAGAUCGUACAGGCCAAGAGCUCGCAACUGCGUAUUGUGGAAGAGACAUUGAGGCAGAAGAUGCUCGCAGAAGGUGCUCCUCAAGCCGCCACGGGCUAA